AUGACGUCACGCCGCAGCUGUCCAACCUGCCGGAAGCCGGUCCAGUUCGUACACCCCAGCUUCAUCGUCCGGGACUUGGUCCUCAAGUACGGCGGGUCCGACGGGCGCGCGAAACUAGAGGCGGACGCCGCGGCGCAGCGGGAGCGGGACGCGGACGUCGACGAGCAUGAGGAUCCGCUCAUCAUUGCGAUGCAGUUCAAAAAGUGGACGGAGUGUUGUUGUGGAGGUGGGAGCGGCGCGUUUGAUCCGGAGGACGUCUUCUCGCGGGAGUCCCUAGAAGAGUUCAUGGCUGCGGACAGUUUUCACGACACCCUCGUCAGGGUCAACAAAGCGAUCAGAACGUGGACGCCCGGCUGCUGCUCGACCGGACUGGCGUACUGCCUCUGGCCGUGCUGCUGCUGCUGCAUGCUCUUUGUCUUCUCCGAGUACGCGGUGUGGCAGGUCGAGGUCGCGCUCAAGGACGCAAACGAGGCGGCCGCGCGCGCGCAGGCGGGGCACGUGUGGACUUUAAUGCACAUGGACGGCGAGGACCGGGAGGCCGGGCUGAUCGACCACCGGUUCUUCUUAGUGCUAACCAUCGACCCGGUUAAGGCGCGCAAGUACAUGAAAACCCUGGUCAAGCCCCCGGGGGAUUCCCCGGGACAGGGUGGACAGGCGCCGGGAAGCGCCGAGGAGAUCGAGGCCGCGAGUGAGUGGUGCUCCGCUUUCUUUCAAAAGAUGCCGUUGGGGAUGGAAGGGCGCCUCGCGGCCGAGAAAGACGCGGAGAUCCAACGGCUGAAGCGCGAGAACGAGCUGAUCAACGGCAAACUUCUGGAGCGCGGUUUGAAGAUCGUCCGAACGGUGUCCGGACGGGUGGUCUCGCCGGUCUUUCGGACGGCGACCCGUCCGAGCACGCCCGCGCGCGCGCGGUCGCCCUUCAGCGCGCAGUCGUCGCCGUUCAGCGGCAGGGACAGCUUGGGAGCGUCUCCUCUCGGUGACUCCCCGGGCAGCCCCCGACUGCCAGACGUCGACGAGACGGCGGUCCUGGAGGAUGACGUAGCAGCACAGACAACCGUUGGAUCACUCGCGUCACACAGUCUCGACGCCGCCCCGGACGCUUCCGGCGACACUUCAGAUUCCGCUUCCGGUUCCGCUAGGCAUCCGAUCUUCUCGUCGGGUAUGGACCUGCCCCAAAUCAGCCUGCCCAGGGUGCGCGUGCUGCGCGCGGGCUCGCGGAGGAUGACGGCAUCCGGAGCAAUGACGUCACCACGCGCGGAGCUGUCUCCGACCGCACAGACGGCCGACGCGGCAAGGCGGCGCGACCGCGUCAUGCAGGAGCCGGCCGCGCAGCAGAUGCCGCCGCGCGCGGAGCCGGCCGCGCCUAACAACGCCACGCACGCCAUAACAGCAGCGGGGCAAGCUAGUGUCAACGGAGAGAGCAAUGGGGCCCCGGGAUACAAUGGCAAUGCUCCAUAG